AUGGCCGAGGAGCACCGCGAGCUGGAGGAGCGGAUCAUCAUCAAGGACCAGCACACCAAGGAGAUCGACCUGGUCAACAGAGACCCCAAGCACAUCAACGAGGACGUGGUGAAGGUGGAUUUUGAGGAUGUGAUAGCUGAGCCCGUGGGCACCUACAGCUUCGACGGCGUCUGGAAAAGCAGCUACACCACCUUCACCGUCAGCAAGUACUGGUGCUACCGGCUGCUCUCCGCCCUGCUGGGCAUCCCCCUGGCCGUCCUCUGGGGCUUCCUCUUCGCCCUCAUCUCCUUCUGCCACAUCUGGGCCGUGGUGCCCUGCAUCAAGAGCUACCUGAUCGAGAUCCAGUGUGUCAGCCGCAUCUACUCGCUGUGCAUCCACACCUUCUGUGACCCGCUCUUCGAGGCGCUCGCCAAGAUCUGCAGCAACGUCCGAGUUGCUGUCCGGAAGGAGACUUAGGUGCUGGCAGCUGCCCCAGCACCCCCACACAACCCCCUCUGUGCAGGCUGCCUGCCCUCGGGCACACAGAGUCCAGUGAGGAACCUGCACAUGGACACCCCUGUCCAGUGAGGAGCCCAGACAUGGAUACCCCUGUCCAGUAAGGGACCAGCACAGGGACCCUGUGGCAGGACCCUGCAGCAGAGCUGGUUCUCAGGGGUGCUCUCUGCUCAUGGAGGCAGGCCAGGCUGCUCCUUAC